AUGAAGAGGGAAACUGAAGUAGCAGUUCAAGCUAAACAACCUGAUGUGGAAAGGAUUUUGUCCAAAGGGCAGCAUUUGUACAAGGAAAAACCAGAUACUCAGCCAGUGAAGAGGAAGUUAGAAGAUCUGAGCUCUGAGUGGGAGGCAGUAAACCAUUUGCUUCAAGAGCUGAGGGCAAAGCAGCCUGACCACGCUCCUGGACUGACCACUACUGGAGCCUCUCCUAGUCAGACUGUUACUCUAGGGAUACAACCUGUGGUUACCAAGGAAACUGCCAUCUCCAAAGUAGAAAUGCCAUCUUCCUUGCUGUUGGAGGUACCUGCUCUGGCAGAUUUCAACCGAGCUUGGACAGAACUUACUGACUGGCUCUCUCUGCUUGAUCAAGUUAUAAAAUCACAGAGAGUGAUGGUGGGGGAUCUUGAAGACAUUAACGAGAUGAUCAUCAAGCAGAAGGCAACACUGCAAGAUUUGGAACAGAGGCACCCCCAGUUGGAAGAACUCAUUACUGCUGCCCAGAAUUUGAAAAACAAAACCAGCAAUCAAGAGGCUAGAACAAUCAUUACUGACAGAAUUGAAAGAAUACAAAACCAGUGGGAUGAAGUGCAGGAACACCUUCAGAACCGCAGGCAACAGUUGAAUGAAAUGUUAAAGGAUUCAACACAAUGGCUGGAAGCUAAGGAAGAAGCUGAGCAGGUUUUAGGACAGGCCAGAGGCAAGCUUGAGUCAUGGAAGGAAGGUCCUUACACAAUGGAUGCAAUCCAAAAGAAAAUCACAGAAACCAAGCAGUUGGCCAAAGACCUACACCAGUGGCAGAUAAACAUAGAUGUGGCAAAUGACUUGGCACUGAAACUUCUCCGGGAUUAUUCAGCAGAUGAUACCAGGAAAGUACACAUGAUAACAGAAAACAUCAAUGUCUCUUGGGGGAACAUUCACAAAAGGUAAGACCUAUGCUAUUUCUAAAAUUAUCAUUAUCUAUGGGUGGUAGCACAUAAUGGACAGCACACAUUUGUUUUCCCAGUCCUACUACUUGAAAGAGUCAAGAUGACAAAUGCCAAUUCAACUCACAGGCUUCUUCAGUCUCCUGUUUUAAUGACGAGAAAUCUGACGUCUGGGAAA